AUGGUGUAUGUCUUCUACUCAGUCAACUACGCUGUAUCCGUAUAUGGCGUAUACGUUCUGUAUACGGCCGUACCGUAUCCGUAUAGGUUUUCGGGUUCAGAAAUACAGCACCGUAUUAUACGAGCCGUAUCCGUAUACGGUACGGUACCGAGCCCUAUGUAUGCAGAAUCAGUGGUUGACACCGAUGAAGAAACGCUCGCGGUGCUUGCGGUAGAGCAUGACGAAAGGUCACAUGCGCGUGCGCCAGAACCUCGGACACGGCUCGACGAUUUAGUACAUCUCCUCGUGCUCCUUCUUCCUCUGCUUCGCAAGAUCGUCCCAGUAUUUACACCUCUUACCAGUAUGCACUGUCAUCAAUGUGCAAAUACAAACACGGCUUUGCCUGUAGCCCAAAUCAGCACGUUCAACGCUCCGGAUCUCAACCCUGGUGCACCACUCACACUCGCUGCACACGGUCGCAGUGCAUCCAUCUCCUCGAUCCAGUUACUCACUAAUGCUCGCACUCUUUGCCAAACGAUCCCACAACCUGUCUCACAAGCACUACCUCAACCUGCACAACCUCACAACUGA